AUGUCGCGCUAUGACAGAGCUAUUACUGUUUUCUCUCCCGAUGGACAUUUAUUUCAAGUCGAGUAUGCACAAGAAGCAGUUAAAAAAGGAUCCACUGCGCCUGGAAUCGCUAAAUACCUCGAGAAAUAUCGCGACAAGUUCUCUGUGCACGUUUUCAGUGUGUUUGGGGAUACAAACAACGACAUUAAACCAUCUGAAAUGGAAGAAUUGAAACAGUUCAUCCGCAUGAAUACAAUCGUCGGUAGCUUCACUUACGACGACGCACCAAUAAUUAUUGCAUCUAUUGUUACGGAAAAAUUUCCUAACCUUUGUGGUCCAUCAUUGAUGUCGGAGUUUUACUGCUUCAACAAGUAUUACACCUAUCAGCUCAUUGACCCAGACCCGAUUCCCUUCAAGUUUGUUGACUUGCGCGCAUGCGCUGACAGGAGUGAUGCGGCAAUGUCGGAGAUCCUAAAAACCACAGGUGUUCAUGCUUUCAUCAAGCUAACAACAUCCGUGGCGUCAAAGGACGUUCACCUUGCCUAUAAUGAAGAAGAACUCAGAAAGGUUAUUGAGACAUUAAGUGAGUUAACAACGGAGAUUACAGGGUUCCUGGACCGCCUACAGAAGCAUCUGAAACCGGAGCAGUUCCCUCCUCAUUACUCACGAGGUGCCGUUGCGAUGAAGUACAUGAACGAUGCAUCCAUCAUUACAGUGAUCGGUUACGUCUGCAAGGGAAAAAUUCAUCACUGGGUCAUUGGUGAUUUAAAACGCUGGCCAAGUAAACCAGAGUUGAUUCAUAUGACAUUGUUCCCAAGCGAACAUAGCCCUGCUACAGUUGACAAGGCUUGGAAUAGAUACGACCAGGUGGCACGAAACCUUAUCAAAUAUGGCUACGACGAUCAAUUCAUCGAGGCUGAGAUGUUUGUAACAAAGCAGGGCGAUGUACACUUGAUGGAGAUCAAUGGAAGAACUGUCUUUGCUGUGCGUAGAUCAUCUCAUGUCCUGAACAACGGUGACAUGGUGGCUGCAGUAGUCGACAUUGCCACGGGCGUACGUUCUACCCCACAGACCUAUAACGGAAAGCGAGUUGGCCUAUUAAUCUUGUCUAUAGUGGAGUCUGGUCGGCUACGUGACAUAAUUGACAUGGAAUUCUACAAUUCUCUGACUGCACUGGACCUGUGUGAUCCCGUGAACGAAGACAUAUAUGUUGAUUGCUCACGUUUUACCCGUGGAGGAUAUAUUGUCGUUAAUAAACGUGUAGAUGGCGACACAACUGAUGACAUAUUAGAGAAAGGAACACAAAUGUUACAAAAGAUCUAUAAAGAUCCUGAAUAUUUAAAAAAGUUUUGAUCAUGGAACAGACAACGGCAUUUAAAAACAACUCCUAAGUGCGUAAAUACAAACUGAAAACGUAGGCUACACGACGUUUUAUUAAUUGUAUUAGUUUAUUGUACGAUAUAUAUUUGUAUAUCGAUACACAUAUAUCCAUGCAGAUUAACGUCACGUAGGGAUAGAGACAUUCUGCAUCUGUUUAAUGAGGUUGGCUGGGGGGUAAUUUAUGCAGCUGCUACACGUACACAAAGUCCAGUCAGGAUAGAAACCUGAAAUUAGGGUAGCUAUAGUUAUUACUACGUACCGAGAAGGACACAAUCUAAUUUAGAAUUAUUAGUAUAUUUUUAUAUGUAAUAGCUAUAGGUCCUAUCGUAAGAGUAUCAAUCAUGCUUUCCUCGUGUGUUGA